AUGACGGGAUAUCCGUUUACUUGGGAAAAAUGGAAGGGCACACCGAAUUGGAUAGAGGAAAGGUUAGACAAAGUUUUGGCUAACCAGAGUUGGCGUGAGAACGUGCCAGAUGCUAGUGUGCAGAAUAUAUUAACCCGAAAAUCGGAUCAUUCUGUUCUUUUCCUUGGGAUUCUGAAUCUUCGAGAAAUGACGGGUGGUUUGAAAAGAGGGUUUCGUUUUGAGAUGGCAUGGCUGCAUGACGAAGGAUGUAGAGAUGUGGUGGAGAAGGCAUGGAAUGAAGGUGAAGGAAGGGGGUUGCAGGAGUGUAUCUCUCUUUGUGGAAAUCGUUUAACGCGCUGGGGAGGAGAGCGUUUUCAUAAGUUUGGUGAACGAAUGAGGAACCUACGGAAGGAGCAAUUACGUCUGAGGGGGUGUAAUGACCCAGUCUCAUUAGCUGAGUUCCAACGAUUAGAGGAGUGCCUGAGUCGUAUUGAAGCCCAGGAAGAUACAUACUGGAGGCAGAGAGCCAAACAGCAUUGGCUUAAGAACGCGGAUGCUAACACAAAAUAUUACCACAGCGUAAAUGGUACGAAUAUCAUAUUAAUCCCCAAAAAGAAAUCCCCUGAGGUGGUUUCAGAUUAUAGACCGAUAGCGCUGAGUAAUGUGAUAUACAGGAUUAUGGCUAAGGUUAUAGCUGCCAGAAUGAAACCACUUAUGGGGGAUAUUAUAUCUGACACCCAAAGCGCUUUUAUAUCUGACACCCAAAGCGCUUUUAUAUCUGACAGAUUAAUAACAGAUAAUAUUUUGAUUGCUGCCGAGGUUGGUGGGACACGAAGUGAGCAGAUCAGUCCAACUCGAGGAUUGAGGCAGGUUGAUCCUCUGUCACCUUAUCUCUUUAUUAUUUGUGCUGAGGGACUUUCAUUGCUGUUACAACAGGAGGCUGGUGUGGUAAAACAGUGUUUAUCGGUGUAUGAGGAAAUGUCUGGGCAAGCAGUGAAUUACUAUAAAUCAAGUAUUUGCUAUAGUAAGAACACGCGGGAUGAUGACAGAGAGGAGGUUGCCAGUACCUUGGGAGUGGUGCAGGCUCCGAAUUUUGGGAAGUAUUUAGGACUCCCAUCAUUUGUGGGCAGGAAUAAGAGAGCAGUUUUCUCAUAUAUUGAUGACAAGAUUAGACAACGAAUUGGGUCAUGGAAUAAGAAGUUGCUUUCACAGGCAGCUAUUGAGAGAACUAUGAAUCGUUACUGGUGGAGAUCUAAAGAUGACCAGGGCAUCCAUUGGAAGGCAUGGGAUAAAUUAUGUAUCCCUAAGAAAUAUAGGGGAUUGGGCUUUAAGGAGUUACAUGCCUUUAAUUUAGCUAUGUUGGGGAAACAGGCCUGGCGUUUACUCACGAAACCUGAAUCGCUAGUAUCCAGAAUAUUUAAAGCCAGGUACUAUCCAAAAGGGUCAUUCUUUGAUGCUUGUAUAGGGAAUAACCCAAGUUUCUGCUGGCGUAGUAUUAUGGCUGCACAGGAAGUAAUUUGUGGAGGAGUUAUGCGCAGGAUUGGGGAUGGAAAGGCAACUCUUAUAUGGGAUCAUCCAUGGCUUCAGGAUGAGAAUAAUGCGAAGAUAAUAACUGAAAAACCACCACACUUGGCGCAGGCAACUGUUAUGGGGUUAAUGGAUCAAGAAACGGGUUCAUGGGAUCAUGACAUUUUAACUGAUAUUUUUAUUACGGAGGAUGUGACAUGA